GCACCAGGCAGCGACGCGCACCUGUCUCGCUCCGCAUUUGCUCCGCAUCCAUCGCAUUCCUGCCGCCCUUUUCUGUUGUUUUUUGUGUGUUUAGUUCUGCAAAUUAUAAUGGAAUAAUGAUGGAUCGAGCAGCGCCGUUUAUCCUGCUGUCGGUGCUGCUGUACGGCGCCGUCGGCCAGUUCGAAUGGCAGCCGAGAGACGCGUUCGACGAAAUUAGGCACCGCAUAGACAAAGUCAACAGUGACAAUUGUCCGAUUGCUCACCUCGGCGACCUGUACCUUCCGGAGGAUAGUGUUUCCCACCUCCCUGACAUCAAGGACAUAAACAUCAAUCCCAUCUUCCCCAACCGAACUGCCCUUCUCCUACUGCACAACAUGGCUCUCUCAAGAGCCUUCUUCUUCAGCUACACUCUCCAGUCUCGCUUCAUUCGACCGGCACUCAAUGACACCUACGACCCUGGCAUGAUGUACUACUUCCUGUCCACCGUGGCGGACGUCUCGUCCAACCCCCUCAUAAACGCCAGCGCAAUCUACUUUGCUCCUAAUUCUUCUUACACACCCUCAUACAGAGGGUUUUUCAAUAAAACCAUGCCACGCUUUGCUCCUCGCACCUAUCGUGCUGACGAUUUCAACGACCCAAUCCACCUGCAGAGAAUCUCCACAAUGAACACUUUCACUGUUCAAGAUUUAGGUGCCAUCCCAAAUGCCAGCCUAAGUAACGAUUAUGCUUCCGACUACUACAGGAUCAAUGAAUGGUACCGCCAGUGGUUACCAGACGUUGUCAAGAACAGACAGGACACCAAGGUGACCUAUGAUGUGAAAAUCAGAUAUGCCAACAACACAAACGAGACUUUCUCAUUCCACGGUCCUCCCGGAGCCGACGAGGACCCUGGUCCAGUGAAAUGGACCCGUCCCUACUUUGACUGUGGCCGCUCCAACAAGUGGCUUGUCUCGGCCGUUGUGCCGAUUGCUGACCUGUACCCUCGCCACACCGGUUUCCGUCACAUUGAGUACCCAUCAUACACCGCCAUUGCUGUCCUUGAAAUGGACUUUGACCGAAUUGACAUAAACCAGUGCCCUCUGGGAGAGGGCAACAAGGGGCCAAAUCGUUUUGCAGACACGGCACGCUGUAAAAAGGACACAACGGAAUGCGAGCCAAUACAUGGAUGGGGCUACCGAAGGGGUGGCUAUCAGUGCCGUUGUCUUCCAGGUUAUCGACUGCCUCCAAAUGUGAGACGUCCCUAUUUGGGGGAAAUUGUUGAGAGAUCCACUACUGAGCAGUACUAUCAUGGCGGAUUCAACUGUGAGCGAAUUUCAUGGAUCCAUCGACUUCCUCAACACUGGGAACGAGUGCCAUUGUGGAUGAAGGAAAAAUACUUGGACAAGUUUUAUGAGUACAGGAAUUCCUCCAAUGGCACAACCAGCAGGCAGUCUUUGGACCAUGAUAAGAUGAAUAUUGAUGAAGUCCUUAGAUUCAUCUUUGCUGUAACACCUAAAUCCUGCAAAAGCUACACCAACCAAGAGCUGACCCUGAAUGGAGACAUUUCCUUUGGAGUUGAAGAGCAAUUUGGAAAUGAGGCUAAAAUGGCUGUCCGUUUGGCAAAUUUCAUUUCUGGAUUUCUUCAGAUUGUUGAUCCGUAUGAGGUUUACUCUGGCACUAGAGUGGCCGACCCUCCUUUAUCAGAGGAUCAGAUGAUUGCCGAAACGUUAGCCCUUCUCAUGGGUGACUCCAAAAUCUGGUCGGCAGGCACUUUCUGGGAGCGCAACAAGUUCACCAACCGCACCUUAUUUGCACCUUUUGCAUUUAAGGAGAAAUUGAACACCCGCAAAUUCAAGGUUGAAGAUCUGGCCCGUUUGAAUGGCACUGAAGAGGUCUAUCUCAACAGGGAGUGGUUCCAAUUCCUGAAGCAGCGUUGGAGCGCCAACCACGACUCACUCGAGAAGAUCAACAUGAAAAUCAAGAUUCGUUUCAAUGAGACAGGAGAGUACAUGAAAAAAUAUGAAGUCUACCCCAAUUUCUAUCGGGCGGCCAACGUUGACCACGGAUACUGGACCAGACCCUAUUUUGACUGCAAUGGAAUGGUUAAAAAGUGGGUGAUCACAUACGCUGCUCCUUUCUUUGGAUGGGAUGCUCUUCGUGCAAGGCUUGAGUUUAAGGGCGCUGUUGCUGUCACCAUGGAUCUGCUCACCCUGGACAUCAACCAAUGCUCAGGCACCUACUCCACACCCAAUGCCUUCAAAGGUACUCACAAAUGCGAUCGCAAGUCGUCCUACUGCACACCUAUUCUCGGCCGAGGCUUCGAGUCAGGCGGUUACAAGUGCGAGUGUCUGCAGGGCUUUGAAUAUCCAUUUGAAGAUGCCAUCACCUAUUUUGAUGGACAACUGGUUGAAUCAGAAUUUAGUAACAUAGUGGCUGACACGCCUUCCAAGUACGACAUGUACAAAUGCCGUCUCUCAAGUGGUCACACCACAACGGCCAGCAUUGGCAUAGUUUUAGCUGUCUUUCUUGUUGUGCACCUUCUGCGCUUUUGAGAAAUUAUGAUCUGAAUGUAUUAUUGUUUACGUGUUCAGUUUUCGCUGGGAUAAUCUUAUGAUAUUAAGAGUUGAUUUUAAAUAAUUUGAAAUUAAAGUUAGAGGCAGCUUUUACGUCCGUCCAUUGAAAGACAUAAUAUAAUGAACUCCGUCCAUCUAGAUGUUGUGGAUGUAAGAAAAGUAUUUUAGACUAGGCAGUUUUAGUUUUUUUAAGAUUUUUUUCAUUGAUUUUUAUGACUUUUAUUUCAUUGAACUUAUGAUUCCAUUGUUAAUCAAACUUUCAUUCCAUUUUGUACAAGUGGUAAAUAAUGUGCAGCAAUAAAAUCUCAGUCAUUGUAUUAAAUAAA